UUCUCUCACUGUCUCUGUCUCACUCUAUCUAACCCAGUAACACUUUUAUAAGCACCCCCCCACCACCGCCACAACCACCCUCCGCCUUUCGUCUCUAUAUCUCCCUCGCUCCCUCCCGCCCUCUCUUGUGUAACAGUGCCCAGUGCUGGAUUACUAAACUCUGAGGCUGCUGAAGCAAGGGGCUGUGGCAGGCUUCGACCAGAAUGGUGAGGUGGUUCCACCCCAACAUCACCGGUAUCGACGCAGAGCAGCUCCUGUUGACCCGGGGCGUCCACGGCAGUUUUCUGGCCCGGCCCAGCAAGAGCAAUCCGGGGGAUUUCACCCUCUCUGUCAGGCGCAACGAUGAGGUGACCCACAUUAAGAUCCAGAACUCAGGUGACUACUACGACCUGUACGGAGGCGAGAAGUUCGCCACGCUUGCUGAGCUGGUGCAGUAUUACACCGAACAACAGGACCUGCUGCGUGAGAGGAACGGCCAUGUCAUCGAGCUCAAGUACCCACUCAACUGCAAGGACCCCACCUCUGAGAGGUGGUAUCAUGGGCACCUCUCUGGCCGAGAUGCAGAGAAAUUGCUCACAGAAAAAGGCAAAGCUGGUAGCUUCCUGGUACGGGAGAGCCAGAGUAAACCGGGUGACUUCGUCCUCUCCGUUCUCACCAAUGAGGAGAAACAUGAGAAUGUGGACCGUAAGACCAAGGUCACCCACGUUAUGAUACGCUACCAGCAGGACGGUAAAUACGAUGUGGGAGGCGGUGAGAGGUUCGACACCCUGGCUGACCUGGUGGAUCACUACAAGAAGAACCCCAUGGUGGAGAAGAGUGGAAUUGUAGUGCACCUCAAACAGCCCUUUAACGCCACAAGGAUAAAUGCAGCCAACAUUGAGAACCGGGUACGAGAGCUCAACAAAGUAGCAGACAACUCUGAGAAACCCAAACAAGGAUUCUGGGAAGAAUUUGAGGUACUUCAGCAGCAGGAGUGCAAACUGCUGUAUCCCCGGAAAGAAGGCCAGAAGCCAGAAAACAAGAGUAAAAACAGAUACAAGAAUAUCCUCCCCUUUGACACAACUCGUGUUGAACUCAGGGAAGCAGAUCCAGAUGUUCCUGGUUCAGACUACAUCAAUGCCAACUACAUCAGAAGUGUGAAUGAAGAGGGGCGCCAUGGGGACGAGGGCAAAGUCUUCAUCGCCACCCAAGGGUGCCUACAAAAUACAGUUGUUGACUUCUGGAAGAUGGCUUAUCAGGAGAAUACACAUGUCAUCGUCAUGACCACGAAGGAGAUGGAGCGAGGACGGAAUAAAUGUGUCCGUUACUGGCCUGACCUCCACGCCACUAAGGAGUUUGGGAAGGUGCUGGUAAGGAACGUGGAUGAGCGGCCAGCACAAGACUAUAUCCUGAGGAAGCUGGAGGUGACCCGUCUGGACCGGAAGGAGCCUCUGAGGUACAUCUGGCACUACCAGUACCUGAGCUGGCCGGACCAUGGGGUGCCCAAUGAGCCUGGCGGUGUCCUCUGGUUCCUAGAGGAGGUCAACCGCACCCAGAGUACCAUUCCAGACACUGGACCCAUCGUCGUCCACUGCAGUGCAGGCAUCGGCAGGACGGGCACCAUUAUCGUCAUCGACAUCCUCAUUGACAUUAUUAACCGCCAAGGUCUAGAUUGUGACAUCGACAUCCCUAAGACCAUCCAGAGAGUACGGCAGCAGAGGUCAGGCAUGGUGCAGACAGAGGCCCAGUACAAGUUCAUCUACAUGGCUGUGCAGCAGUACAUAGACACAGCUCAGAAGAGACUGGAGGAGGAGCAGAGGAAUAAGAUGAAGGAGAGGGAAUAUUCCAAUAUCAAAUAUCCCCAGAUGACCAACUCAAGGUCCAAAGCCAGCAUGGCAUCCUCACGCUCUUCUUCUGUGAUGACAAAUGAUGAUUCAUCAAGUGUGUACGAGAACAUAAACUUUAAAAGCCCUCAGACAUCUUUUAGCAGUAACACCAGGAGGUAAAAUCAUCGCUGUUGACCUCCACAUCUCUCUGUCUGCCUCUCUUUUCAGCGGAGGUGUCGCUUCAUCAGCGCCUGAAUAUCCCUUGGAGGAGGAGGGAGUGCGUUGCUCUGACUACACCCCACAGCAGUGGACCCUGCCUGGGCUGAAGGUGGCGAGCUGACCCCCCUUUCCUGCUGCCGUCCUGCUGGACCUCUCUGUCUGGAGUCAAACCUUACCCUCCAUAGAGAGGAUGACUCUACAGCAUAGUGCUCUCGCUCAGGACCUUUGUCACUCCCCUCUCUCCCCUUCUACUGCUCCACCCCCUCCCUCUCUUAACCAACGCAAGUGCCUUGUCACAGAAUGUGUCUGUAAUCUAGCCUCCCCGAAACUGCUGUUACAUCUCCACUGUUACUACUUUCCAAAUCCUGGAAGUUGACGUAAGAAACCACCAGUUUGUCCUUGUGAUGAUGCAUAGUAAACAUGGAGUCCGGCCUGAACUGAACAGAACUGUACGGGACCCAAGAAGAGGUCAAAGCUAAGCUGUUUGUCCUGCUUGUUACCAGAAAUCACUCUGUUCGCUAGCCCUCUUCCUCUGUCUUUGCUGGCUUCCAUUUGAACUAGAAACUUUUGACAGCAUUCUGUCCCUCCAGCUGUGGUUAUUAAUGGUUAUUAACAUGGCCGCUGAGUGAUAGCAAGGACAGUUAUGUAACCUGAUACAGGUCCCCGAGGCACAGGGAAGAUGACUGAUUGUCAAAGUGUUAAAGAGUUUCCUGCAAAUGCCAAUCAGCUGCUCUGUACUUUUACAGACCUGCAGGUCAUUUUUACUUACUUCUUGGGGUCACUGGGACAUACAGUCCACAUCAGUCCUGUCUGUCAUUUGAACAUGGCCUCCAGCUGGUCCCACUCUGAGCACAAACUCGUUCUUGUUUUCAUUACUUUGUGGUGUUUUUGCUGAUACUGUGGGUAUCAUGGUUGUGUAGCAUAUGAGAUGUAGAUUUUUUUGAAUAUAUAUAUCUAUAUAUUUAUAAAGGAGCAUUAUGGUGGAAAAGAUCAUGUUGAAGCACAGUUGUCUAAGCAGCAUCCCCAGCACUAAGUUUGAUUUACAGAUAGAUUGUAAUAGUAGUUUGAAGUCCACAUUUGACGGGAAACAGGUGGAGAGGAUUCCUGAAUGGGUGUUCUGAGUUGAGCUUGGCUGGCCGCUGCCUCUCAGCUUCGUUCGACUGGCUGUCCUCGUUAAUCAGCAGGUCUGAUGCAGUUCAACAUCUGUCGGAGGAGAUCGUCACAAGGAGACGAGGGAAAGGGGGCGAUUACAGUGGGCCAGAUGGCCAUCUGCCUGAGAUUGAAGAAUAGAUUUGUCUCCAAAAAGUAAUUUAGAAGAUGGCCAUAAUCCAGGCUUGAUGAUAGUGGGGCGAGUAAGCCGACGUC